ACACAGGUCAGAGAAAGGCGCAUUUUCGCGAAUUGGCCGUCGCGGGAUUCCGUAGUGUGUGGAAGCGUCCCAGUGCUGAUAACAAAUCACAAUGGCUGAGUGCACUACCUUAGACAGUUUGCUGGAAAUGGGCUUCGACAGAAACAGAGCGGAGAGGGCAGUAGCACAUACUGGAAACCAGGGCAUUGAGAGAGCAAUGGACUGGUUAAUGGAGCAUGAGAAUGAUCCAGAUAUAGAUGAGCCGUAUGUUCCACCUGCUGGGAAUACUCUUAGCUCAACAGAAGAACAGAUCCAGUCUCCUACAGAAACCUCUGAAUCUAUUGAAGUUAUAGACGAAGAGGGAGAUUCCAAGCAACCUAUGACAGAGGAAGAAAAGAAGGAACAAGUAAAACGCCUGGAGGACUUGAUGAAGGCGAGGCAGGAGGAGAGGAGAGAGAGAGAGCGACAGGAGGAGGUAGAUAGAGAAAAGCAGAGAAGGAAACACGGCCAAGAGCUGCUGCAGGUUAAACAAAAGCUUCAGGACGACGAAAUGAAGAAGCUGGCAGACAUGCGCAGGAAGGAGAAGAUGGAGGACAAGCUUGCCAAGCAGCGGGUUAAAGACAAGAUUGCACGAGACAGAGAGGAGAGGGCACGAAAGUUUGGAGGCGGUUCAUCAAGCACGGGUUUGUCAUCUCCCCCCUCUGAAGCCCCACCACAGUGUCCACCUGAGAACCAAGGGGCUCCUCCUGCUAAGAAAGACUACGAUGACUGUCGGAUACAGGUGCGUCUUCUAGAUGGAACCACCUUGAGUACUGUCUUUAAGGCUCAGGAACCUCUGGCUGCUGUGAGAGUCUAUGUUCAGAUGAAUGGGGCAAACGGAGAGGAUUUCAACCUCAUCACCCCAUAUCCUAGACGCGUGUACACAGAUCUAGACAUGGAAAAACCCCUGCGUGAGCUGGGUCUGGUGCCUUCUGCCGUCCUUGUUGUCACCAAGAAAUGAAGUGAAACGAUUCUAGAAACAAGCUGUUCUUCCAGAUAUCAAUGCAAGAUCAAGCGGAUGGAGACUAUGUAUCAGUGGACUUAUACUGCAAUGAUUUCACUCAACAAAGCGCCAAAUAUACAAUGCAAUGAGUUGAACAGUAAUUUCAUCAAAUGUAAACCUGCCGAUACCGCUAAAUAAAGGGCCAAGUGUGUUCUCACAGUGAUGAA